UUAUGGGUUUUUAGUGAUAGACAGAGCUAGAAAGAGAUAAAAGAGAGAGAGAGAGAGAGGGAAAGGGAUUUGCUUUAUAAAGCUUUUCUAAGUCACCAAAAAGCCUUUCUUUCCUCUCUCUCUCUCUCUCUCUUUAUUUCAAAUCUUUUGACGUUCUUUUUGCUUAUAUUUCUAUGGGGCUUCUUGUUGUAGCUCUUCAAACUUUGCAACAAUUAUUUUGAUACAAAUAUGAACGGUGCGGAUAUGCCUAUUUCCAAAGAUCCGGCUAUUAAGCUCUUCGGUCGAAAGAUUCCGGUACCCGAUACCCAGAUUCCGUCCAAGAAUAGCUGCAGUGGAAUUACAAAAGGAGAAAACGAUACUAUUCAUGAAGACAAUUCCAGAGAACUGGAUAAGUCCACUGCUUCGGGACAAAGCCAGGAAGACAAACGAACCCCUAUGCAAGUGAAUGAACCACAAAAAACAUCCAAGUCCAAGGAAGACCAAGUAGAGACUAAUAGUGUGGACCAAGAGAAAAUUUUCAAGAAGCCAGAUAAGAUCCUACCAUGCCCACGAUGUAACAGUUUAGACACAAAAUUUUGUUACUUCAACAAUUAUAAUGUCAAUCAACCAAGGCAUUUUUGCAAGAAUUGCCAGAGAUAUUGGACAGCCGGUGGAACAAUGAGAAAUGUUCCUAUUGGUGCUGGGCGGCGGAAGAAUAAGCACUUAGCGUCUCAGUAUCGUCAAAUUUUAGUAUCUUCUGAAGGAGUGCCUAUUAGCAGAAUGGAAAACUCAGACUCGGGAAGUCAACAACUCAUAUCAUCUGUUGAAUCUGCAACCACUUUGAAGCCUUCAACAACUGGAAAUGGGAUGGUCCUAAAAUUUGGUCCUGAAGCACCACUUUGUGAAUCUAUGGAGACAGUGCUUAAUCUUGGAGACCAAAAGAGAUAUGCUGAGAUGAGUUCAGUCAAAUGUCUGGAUAAUGUAGAGGAGCCAUCCUCAUGUGGAUCCUCCAUGACUGCGUCUAGUUCCCGCGGAAAUGAAUUAUCCGAAACUGUUGCGCAAAAGGAACAAGUUGGCUUGGUAGGAUCUUCUACUGAUCUGAAUGUGGCACAUCCCGUCCACUGUUACCCUGUACCUCCAUGGGUUCUCCCCUGGAACCCUGGUUGGAAUAAUGCAACUUCCACUACAGCAGCUCAGAGCUCUGCUGGACAACCCUGUACACCAAAUAGUAAUACUUCCAAUCAAGUUCAAUGGUGCCCUACACCAAUAUUGGCAGUCCCUGGCUUUUGUCCACCGAGCAUUCCUUUACAUUUUGUACCGGCUUCAUAUUGGGGUUGCAUGCCUGUAUGGACUGCUGGAAAGGGAAAUUUGUCAUUAAGUGGAUCUAAGGGUUGCUCGUCUCCAUCAUCCUCUGCUAACCCCAGUUGCUGCUCUGGAAAUGGCUCACCGAACCUAGGCAAGCAUUCUAGAGAUUCAGAUCUUAUGGAUGAAGACAAAGCAGAGAAAUGUAUAUUGGUUCCAAAGACGCUUAGGAUUGAUGACCCAAAUGAGGCUUUAAAGAGUCCAUUAUGGGCCACAUUAGGUCUUUCACUUGACCAGAAGAAUCAUGUAUCGAAAGGCACCGUGUUCAAAACUUGUGAAGCCAAAGCACAGGGAAAGGGCCAUGGACCAGAUGCCAAUCAUAUACUGGAAGCAAACCCAGCAGCUCUAUCUCGCUCUCACACGUUUCAGGAGAGCAGCUAAAGCCUAAAGGGUCGCUGCUGAAGUUUUUCCUGAUGAACUUCUGUUGUGCAACCUUUUCCUACAGGCACUUGUUUUGUUUGGAGAGAAUGUUGGCAUUGGCUGUCUUUCGGGAGGUCGAGCUUUAUGCUAAAUUCCGACUCACUGAAGUUUGAAGAAACAAGUUCUUGGAAUAUCAAAAGCUGCAUUAUUAUCAACUUUGUGUCAGCAUCUCUCUUCAAAAGAAUUCACCUUGUAAAUAUUUGAGGAUCUUUAGCGAGUGUUUCUAUGGUCUGCGGCCUGUUGUAGGUUUCAGUUCAUACACAUGCUUCUCUUCCGCUUGGAGUUGACGGGAAAAUAAGAGGAAGUUCUACUGAAUGUUGUAUGUAAUAUUGAAAGACCAUUCUCAUUUACAAGGCUAACCCAUGUUUUGCAAAGUUCUGAAUUUUGGGCUCUUGGAUUGCUAUGUUACAAAUAAUCUUUGGAAGUAUUUUUCCAUUUCAUGUUUUUCGUACUUUUCUUUGAAAGAUCGAAUGUAUAUGAAUCAGUGAUUUAGCUAAUCAAUCUCAGGAUCUAUUUAAUCCAA